AUUCAUACACUGAAUGUCCCAUUUUUUAAAAUUUCACGGUCUAUGGAUAGCUCGCGUUCGAAGACAAGUGAGGAUUCAUCUUUGAACAAGCCUCUCGCAGUCCAUAAGUUUGUUCCCUCACGCCCGAAAGUUGAGCUACUAGAUGGGCUUGCUAAACCAACCAUAUACAAUGUUGUGUCAUCUGUAGAUUUAGCUUGCCCAAUCGAAUUAAGGAAGGUCGUUAUGUUUAUCAGAAAUGCUGAGUAUAACCCAAAAAGAUUUACAGGUUGCGUCAUUCGACUUCGUGAGCCUCGGGUUACCUGUUUACUUUUCAGUACUGGCAAAAUGGUGACUACAGGCGGUAGAUCUGAAGAAUCAAAUAAUUUAGGCGCCAGAAAAUGUGCCCGUGUAAUUCAAAAGCUAGGAUUUCCCGUUCAGUUUAACAAUUUCCGAAUUCAAAAUGUUGUUGGCAUUGUGGACUUAAAAUUUCCAAUUCGAUUAGAGGGUUUGCUCAUGGCCAAUGAACAGAUGGCGCAAUAUGAGCCCGAGAUCUUCCCGGGUCUGAUCUUUCGGAUCAUUAAUCCGAAAUUGGUUUUCCUUAUUUUUGUCAAUGGUAAAGUCAUUAUAACAGGUGCCAAGUCUGUGGAAAUGAUUUAUGAAGCUUUGAACAAAGUGUAUCCAGCUAAGCGUACGAAGAAAGUUGGAAUUACUGGCAAGUACGGCACACGAUAUGGUGCCUCGCUGAGGAAGACCGUCAAAAAAAUUGAAGUCAGUCAACAUGCCACCUACAACUGCAAUUUCUGCGGCAAGGAGGCUCUCCGAAGGAAGUCUGCUGGAAUCUGGGCUUGCAAGCGAUGUGGAAAGCAAAUAGCAGGUGGAGCCUAUGUCUGCAGUACCGCUGCUGCUGCCACUACUAGAGCCGCUAUUCGCCGUCUUCGUGAUACUAUAGCGGCAUAA